AUGGGGGUGCUGAGCCAGCUCCCGGUGCUGGACCAGCCGCGGAGGAUGAGCAGCUCUUCUCUCGUCUCCAGGUCGCUGUCGGAGGAGAGGCCGGUCACCGCCCUCUGGGGCUGCGAGCUGGGCACGGGCACGCGGCGCUGCGUGCUGCAGGAGGACGAUGACUGCCUGGAGCACCUGGUCCUGCUGAGGACGGUCUCCCUGGGGGCUGGCGCCAGGGACGAGCUGCACGUGGUGGCCGUGGAGUCGAAGAACAUGUACGGAGGCUGCAAGCCCGUGCCCAUCGCGUCGCUGCGCGGCUCGGUGCUCCCCAUGAUCAGCCUCAAAGGCCUGGAGUUUGUCCCUCCGGUCACCUUCGUGCUGGAGUGUGGAGCUGGGCCGGUCUAUCUCAGCGGGCAGCACGUCACCUUGGAGGAUGACCGCAGGUACGAAGCCCGCGAGGAAGAGCUGGCAGAGGAAGAUGCAGGCGAUGAGGACGAUGCCAGAGCAGCGCAGGACGGGGAGUAG